AUGUCCGAUGUUAUCCAAGGCCGAUUAGUGACGGCCAAAGUCUGCGACAAUACAAAAUACGAGGCGUUGUCUUAUGUAUGGGGCAGCAUGACUGAGCGGGAGACAAUAUCAGUCCAGGAUACGAUAGUCAGCGUCACACCGUCACUUACAAAUGCCCUGCGCUAUCUACGUCUAGCAGAUGCGCCGAGAGUUAUAUGGAUUGACUCGAUUUGCAUCAACUAA